GAGAUUCAGGAUGGAAUAAAACCCGCAAGUGGUAAAUUGAAGUGAGCCGAAAAUCUCUAUUUUCUGAUGCCUUUGAGAAAGUAAUUGAAAGAAUAACGUGGACAUGGCUUUGAUUCUCACGGAAACCGCUAGCAUCAAGAAGGCUGUCGGUCUUAUAAAUGAGAUUGACUCUUCAAAGUUCCCUCGACUUUUACAACGGAUUAUUCAGAAACUGCAUCUUCGGGAUGAACUUUCCUUCACAGAAGAUGAGGAAGAGAAAUUAGAGGAUGCUCUCGGAAUGCAAAGGAAUGACUUAGAACUUGUCUUAGAGACAACAGCUUUCAUCCUUGAACAGGCAGCAUAUCAUCUGACCAAACCAGCCAACCUUUCUCAGCAGCUUCAAAGCAUACAUCUCGCUGAAGAAAAGGUAUCUCUGUUUACCAAAGCUUGGACAUCACUGGGUAAAGAUGUUGUUGAGAAACUCAGAAAAAGAACACUUUCUCCAAAUCAGCUGACGGACGUGAAUUGGAGACUGAACCUUCAGAUGUCACAGCAGAACCAAACCAAGCUCAAGAUGCCCAAUGCCAUGUUAGAGCUGGGAAUUACUACCGACCAUGGAGACAAAGAUAGGAUACGAAUGGAGUUUACUCAUGAAGAACUCUUUGCGUUCUAUAAUCAGUUGGAAACUGUACAAGGACAAUUAGAUUCUCUGAGCUGAUAAUAAGAUGUAAAUAUUCUGCAAAGAGAACACACAAUCCUCCUGUUCCAGGUCAAUUAUUGAACUUUAAUUACUCACUGGAAGAGACACAACUCCAUGCAAACAUUUGUAAAAUAUUUACCAGAUUACUAACUCUUGCUGGAGAACGUGGGUAGUAUUGAAGCGUGCCUAGUAAAUUUGAAGAUCGGUAGAAGCUUGAACCUACCUUAUGAUUACCCCUAAAGGAUGAAAAGUUUUCUGAAUAACUAUUGAAUCAUGAAAGCAAUUCUUAUUUCUCGCAUGUUCAAUUUAUGUCAAUCAGGAGGCUCUUUUUAUAUUGUUAGUACCUGUGAUAUGGACACCAAAUUGACACAAACUGAACAUUGUUUCCAAUUGCAAUCUUUUGGGGACAUCAUUCGGAAGCCUUUGCAGAAAUGGCUGUCGCAUGUCGAUAUAUAUUUUUGUCAUAUGAACUUGCUGGGGAGUACAAGUCUAAAGGAGAUAUAGAGGAAAUUUAAAGAAGAAAUGACUCAAGACUAUGUUGGUUUUAGAAGUAAAAUAGAAUAGUAAUGAUAAUUAUUAUAUUUAUAUUUUAUAUAAAUGGUAGCCCCUUUUCUAAAUGGUACAAGGUGCUGGCCCUUGGUCUGUGAACAAACUAAGAAGGUGUUGGGGUAGGUAUGUUUUCAAUGGAUUGAAAGGAUUUGAAGCAAGCCUGCUUGGGGGAAACAGGGGAUUCGAUAUCUAGAACUGAUAUAACUGAUGCCUUUCAAGUUUGUAGUUUGUUCUUCCAGAACAGACCCUAGAAAUAACUUUCUAUGCACAGUUUCCAUCAAUUAAAAGGUGCACUUCAAUUUCAGUACAAGCCAUCAGUCCAAGAUAAUACUUGUCAAACUGUGAAUGUUGCAUUGUAAACUUGAUAGCCAAGUACCAGUAAAUAUGCGAGUGACGAUUCUGUAAUACUGUUUAUUGAAUGUUACGCUCGCAUUGCUCUGAUACAAUAUGUAAAACCGUAUUUCUUAUGCAUUCCAGCGCAUCAUUUUAGGUUGGAAAAAAAAAAUCCAAACUUGGAACUAAUUGUCAUUUAAUUACCAAUUGAUCAUUCUGUAUUUUUGUUCUUGGCUUCUCUCGUAAAGAUUUAUCAUAAAAAAUCACAAGUUUCUUAAUUUAAAAUACUCUACUUAUCAUAUCAUAGUAUUAUAAUUUUUAUAAACAGCUUGCCACACUUAUAUAUUUUGUGGCACUCAUUUUGUAUAUUUAUAUGUAUAUUAUAUCGAGGCAUAUUUGCCUGUACCUUAUAGUGAAUGAAGGUCAAGAUGUAGAAAAUAAAACACAUUGAAAUAUAA